AUGCAACUAGACGUAGCCUACCUACGCAUUUCUCAGUUUGAGUUGAGACCGCGACAAGUUCCCCUCCUUAUCCACUACAGAGGCUGUGGUAAGCCACUCACUCUUUACGGUCCUCAGUCCUAAGGGCUGUCCGCUAGUAGCUUUCAACUUCCAGCUCAAUAAAUCCAUGCAACUAGACGCAGCCUACCUAUGCAUUUCUCCGUUUGAGUUGAGACCGCGACAAGUUCCCCUCCUUAUCCACUACAGAGGCUGUGGUAAGCCACUCACACUUUACGGAGAUGCAGUCAUACGAGAGACUUCAACCCGCAGAUUUUAGACAGUAAUCUGCGCGACCAGGCAAAUCUGUAGCAAUUUCUUACGCUGAAGCCAAACUGAGUGACUGAUUAGCUGCCAAUCUAGUUGACACUUCAGCAACGUGCUUACCGCCCUUUGCGGUCCUCCUCCUCCUCCUCCUCCUCCUCCUCCUCCUCCUCCUCCUCUUCCUCCUUCUCCACAACCGCCACCACAACAACAUCAAUCACCCCCUCCUCCUCCUAUCCAUCCAUCCGUCCCUUUCUCCCAUCCCUCCCAACCUUCUCAUUAUCAUAAUUGGCAUACUAAUUGCCAUUAUAUUUUACCUCGCUGACGUUUUUCCCCUCCCCGUCUCCUUUCGUUUGUUUUCCAAUUGAUCGCCUGCAUCUCGCUCCUCUCGCUCGCUAAUCAGGCUUUUUUUUGCGGUACUCUUCAUUGCAGGACAUCCAUGGCAUCACCAAUUUUCUCGCACGCCAGCUGUUAAAGGAAGGUAAGACGGUGGUAUUAAGCAGUACCAAAAAGCAUUCCCAACAUCCUCUUCCUCAUUGCCCUUCCUACCAUCCAUCCACGUAUGUCUCUUGCGAAUGUUAACCCUCCCUCUAAACACCCUCAUGACUCCCAUACAAAAGUUUCUAACCCCGAUCUACAAAUUAUCUUUAGGCGAUGCUAUUCUCUCUCGGAAUCUACUGUAUACAAUGAAGGUCUACCAACUCAGCGCGGUCAAUCGUCGUAUCAUCUCCCCCGUGGCUCCCAUUCGUGCGUCGUCCGUCGUUGACUGCGUUUUUUCUCUGCUUGUCAAUUGUCUCCUCGUCAGGUUAUCUACGUGACUGUCACUGGACUUUGAGUAGGGCAUUGAUUGCACACGAUUCAUCCUCUCAUUGGAUUAGACACGAUCACUAACUGCCCUAAUCGCGCAAGCCACUGCAUCCGGCUGGCCACACACCUUCACUCAAAUGCAGCUAUGACCCGUCUAAUUGCAGGUAGUCACUGCCAUGCCGGUCUUGGAUCAGGCAGGAUUUCGGAUUAAAUCCAGAAAUGUCCUUUUCCGCGGCCUGCAUAUAAGGUCACCUUCUGAUAUCGCCCCUGUUGUUUGAGCUGUUGGACGCGGAAAUAAGAACCUCCCCUCCCCCCCUUAACAACAUCCCAAUAGGGUGCUUACUUAUUUGAUUUAAGUAGGCACACACACUCACCCCGUCACCAAUCGGGAUGUUUCUGCGCAUUCCCUCGCACCACCAAAUGGGUGACUAAUAGAAUACGGACCGUUGCCCAUCCACAGAAAGCCGACUGAUUACUUUGAUGUCCGACCUAGCAGGUGCGCAAAAGGGAUGCGUAGACGAAACUAACACUGGGAAUGACAGUGUUCCCUAAGGACAACCUACGCUUCCCACGGCGUUGUCGGCAGUAGGGUUCACGGUCUACAGCUGUCGACACGAAACCGAUGUGGGCUCUGAAGUCCAAGGGAAAUGUCAUAUAAAACGUAGUGAAAACUAGCAGUGAUCAACUCGCACGACUGGACACCAAUUGGACGAAGAAAGAAGAGGGCACUGUCAACGGUAAUACGCCCCAGAUACUGUUGUUAAUGCAUUUUAUACCUACCAAAAUCAAAUAGGCAGACACUUAUUCCCAGUGUCCUGUCGCUUGAGCAAUACGACACCUUUUCGUCAACACGCUUCCAGCACUCCUAAUCUGCAAGCUUCACGGCCUUGCUGAGCAUUAAAACCCUGCUCCUCCGCCUUAUUGAAUACGCAAGUCACUUCUCCCUCCCACUAGCUGAGAUUUACUCAUGUGCGUUUGUACACUUUUUGGCCAUUUAGUGUUUAACGAACCCAAGGAGGACUUUGGACAUGUCUUGGACUUUCUCGGAAGCCUGGAGAAGCUGAGGGUAAGUGCUUCAUUUCAUUCCUACAGACCAGUUUGCUUUCAUUUUGAUCCAACAGUGUAAAACUCUGCGAUCUCGGUGGGAUUCGAACCCACGAUAUCAAGGGGAAGGCUUGAGUACAGCCAAUGCUCUAGCCACCUGAGCUACGAGACCCCACCGGGAGUCGUAAUUGUGAUCACGUUUGGGUCAAAUUACUCGCCCGGCCUACUGCAGCGUAUGGAAUCUACCAAAUCUGGUAGCAUAAGUUAACUGUCCAGGCCGGAUUUCGUAAGUAAUCAAUCUAGAGUCCACCAGAUGAAUCUGCCAAAACACCUACCAAUUUAUUUUCGCCAUUCUCUCUAAGUUUCAUUCGUUAGAAAACGGAAGCAGUAUACUUUAGGUAAAGGUGAUACCAUACAAACAGUACAGGUACUAGCCAAAGGCCCAUACACGCAUGUUUCACCGAUAUUCUGCCGCUGCAUGUCGCAGCUGCGAGGGAUUCGGCGCGUCAGUGGGUCCUCCAGCAUUUCCUGUGUGUUUCUGGUAGAUACUGCAGUCUAAACUCACGGGACUAGCCCCCCCCCAGAGGCUGGACGUUGAACACACCGCGACAGUUUGUAUCCCCGAUAUCAACCGGAGAAACAAUAAGACAGUGGCUCAAUGGUGGUGUUGGACUUGACACUCAAUGACAGAAGACUCUAUGUUCUAAUGCUACGUUUUCCCUAACUGGGGGAUGGGCAUGGCUGGCUGAUGGUGUCUAAUAAGUCGGAAAUGGCCACCCCAGUCUUUGUUGGCAUUUUUCCCACAGCCGUACUGGUCCAUAUGCAACUGUCGGCAAGGCCAAUAGGCACAGCAGGACAAACACGCUCUGUGAGCUAACGGGUGAACGUCCUUCUUGCAAUUAUAUUUUUGCUUUCUUUUGUACUUUCAAAUGUGUUCUGUAGUCCUCAUUCCUCCAUCCUAUUGCCCAUCCUUCCGUUCUUACUCUCCUCUCCAUCCGUCCUUUUUCACGUCUCUCUGCAAUCUUUCAGCUCAUCGGAUCCAUCGAGAAGCUACACAAGAGCAACGUCACAAUCAACUCCCUCAAUUUCGACAUGUCACCGUUUAAGCGUCUUAAGUACCUCGAGGUACGUCGCGUGGACAUUUAG